AUGAGGGUCUCAUCGGCAUUCAUGGACCUCCCCGCCCCCGAUAUCAAUCCGGGGCACCCACAGAACGUUCAUGAGGGCAACAUAUUUGACCACGACGGUGUUCCCGAGGGAAUUCAGCCACUACCAUCACAUCUGGAGCUUGUUGCUGACAGUAUGCCCUGGGAAAAUUGGGAAUCACCUGCACUGCCCCAGGAAGAGACAGUUUGGACAACAGCCGGGGAUACAGAAAUGCACCAAAAUGCCAGCGCCGCCCUGGCUUCAAAUAGAACUCGAUCUGGCCGUAUAACCCAGCCGGUUAUUCGAGAACCCGAGACUGUGGCAACAAAAGGGCCCCCUGCCAAAGCAGCCAAAAAGCGGAAACGUCUGAACCGCCAGGUGAAUAUAGUUUGCACCGGCUGCUACCGAGGACACAGCCCUUCGAAUAAUUUGAUUGUUCUAUGUGACUCGUGUGAUGCUCCGUGGCAUCAGAAAUGUCACAAUCCGAACAUUGAUAAUGAGGUUAUUGAAAUCCCGGAUAUGGAUUGGUUUUGCAUCAAGUGUAAACCUGAGCAAGUCCAGACCAAACCUCGAAAGAAGGCUGCGAAAAAUGGGAAAAGAGUUGGACGUCUAAAGAAGCAGCCUGUGCCUGAAUCUCAAGGUGGAAAUAAUUAUUCAGAAGAAGAACGGCGGGCUUAUCUAUCAUCUCUUUCGCAUGAUUCGCUAGUCCAGCUUGUAGUGAAAGUGUCAAACGAGUGGCCAUCGGUUCCGUUCUUUCCUCCUGACAUGCAACCCGUGACUGAUUUCACUCCAUCACCUUCUGUGACACCACACAAUCAUCGGGCUUCCAACCCUACACCAAAGAAAAACGCUGGUUCUGCAUUACUCGAUUGGGGAAACUUGGAAACUCCGUCUGAGAACGCCAUCACCAUGGAUCCAAACCAGCCGAUCGACAAGGCUUCCGAUACCAUAGCUCCCCAAGCUACUACCCUGGAUGCCGAUAAACUCUUUGCGGCAAUAGCCUCUGAUGCUGCUCCCGAGCCUGAUCCCCCAGCGGCUCUUGGUGGCAUCACUGCAGACAAGAUUUUCGCCGAAAUUCCUCACGCACAUGCUUCCACAACUGCUCCCCAGCCUUCUAUCGCCACAGCUUCACAGCCCCCUUCCAGGCCCACGCGCACACGUGCUCGUAAGACCUCUUCCAUUUCCUCAAACUCCGACCUACUCACUGACGAAGAAUCCUCGUACUCCCAAUCACGACUGCAAUCUCCUACCCCAUCCGUCUCUCAGUCUUCCCACGUCGGAUCCCAGCAUGAAUCGGAUGAUGAUCCUGAAGAUUACCGGGCUUACCCUGAAGCCGGUCAGGGCUUCCAGGUGCCAUCGACACCGAGCGAUCUCGACAUCAUGGAUGAGGAUAAGAAUUGCCCUACCUUCAGCCACUCCAUCCGCGGUUCGGCUAAGAAGGCUUAG